ACACCAUCUGGCGCAUCCGGCAUUGUUGUUCGCCCGCCCCACGCUGGCUCGCAGUUCCAACAUCAAGUGAGCAUCAAGUGAAGAAGAGGCCAUGUCUCGAUCACCACACACCCCGCGUCAUUCGCGGCACUCGUCGAAUUUUGAUGCGACUUACGCCAGCAUGAGCCCCAACGCGUCCCCCAGCGCCCGCCGCCAGUCCAAGUCUUCCUUUCACGAACCUCUGACGCCUCUUCGCCAGAGCAUGAACGAGGCUGAAUUUCACGAGCUCGGCGGCAGUGGCGCCGGCGGUCAAGAUAACGGCCUAGGGAACUUGGCGGACGAAUUGGCGGACGCUUUAUCAGGAUCUGGGGACGAGGACGAAUACUACGGUGAUGAUUACGAGCCUCAGGAGCAGCAAGGCGAGCCCCUCGACGGCGUGAGGGACAGUGGUGUCGAUGUCACAAGCCAGAUAGACCUGCCUAGUAGGACAAAAAAUGGCAGUUUGAGCGUACCUUCACCAACUACUCGUGGCCAUCGCCGGACGGAGAGUGCCUAUGAUGGUAGCGAAUAUGGCUCAGAGUCCGAUCUCGAUUCGCCUGGUAUGCCACCGAGCCUGGUUGCGAAGAUGGAUGCAGUUGAGUCGCUCGCACGGAGGGGAACUGAGAGCACAGGAAGUCCUGCGGACGGCGUGUUCAAACGGGUGACAGAUGGUUUGAGGGACCUCGGCUCUCAGUCGGGGGUCGAGGGCAGUACUACAAGACUGAUAACUGCGCACUCUGCUAUGGCGACACAUCUAACACAUCAGACGAGGCAACUACACAACCUUACCUUCCCUUUGCUUUCACCGCUGGUUGCUCCACCCGACCCGGAAACCAUCGAUGCCUUGCUACCAAUACUCGCAAGCGUAUCUAAUGACAUGCCGCGGCCCGCCACCUCGGCCUUCGACUCGUUGGCGGCGUUACACUCAGUUACAUCAGAUCUAGUGCAGACACUGAAUUAUUUAUCCGACACUCUACACAUGUCACGACAGACAACCACGACCGCUACUAGGAGGCUUAGGACAGCUAAAGAGAUGGUAUCAGAAAUGAGACGCGAAGAGGAGCUCAAAGAAGAAGGCGAAAGGUGGCUGGCUAGAGGCAACUGGGGAGAGAGGUUACAGAACCGCGAAUGUGCCGGCGUCUGUCGGGACGUCGUUGGUGGAUUUGAGGAAGUUUGCAACGGCUGGCGAGCGCGAUUAUUAGCUCAAGCCGAAUCGGCCUAGAGAACGAAAUGAUGAUGGAAUUUGGG